UCAACACAUCGAUCACUCUUUACCUAACACAACACAAAGAGCAUUGAUGGGCAGUUUUAUUGGUCACGUGCUUCCCGGCCUAGGGUUUAUCGUCAUUGGAUUAUGGAAAUUGAUAAACCACAUCAAGCUCCACGCCCUUAACCCUAAAUCAUACACAGCACAACUCUUCUUUCCCACAAAGAAGUCGAGGUAUGGCGAACUCUACUUCAUGUUGGGGGGCAGCGCAAUCUCCAUUAUGAUGGAGCUCUUCAUCGGUCCGGUCAAGCACCAACCCUUUGACACUGACGGGACUAUUCCCACCAACCAUCUACACAAUUUCGAGCACGCUACCGUCGGGUUGACCAUAUUCACUUACGCGGCUUUAGCUGUGAUCUUGGAUCGUUUUGGGCGCCCAAGUACUAAAUAUGGUAUGACCCUAACAAUUGGAGUUGUUGCCUUAUGGCUAAAAUACCUCCUCUUCCACCUCCACUCGGCCGACCACACUGGUUUGGAGGGGCAUUACCAUUGGUUCCUUCAGAUUCUCAUUAUUCUAUCGCUUAUCACCAGUGUUCUCGGUAUUCCUUACCCAAAGAGCUUCUUGAUCAGCUUCGUUAGGUCCUUCAGCAUAGCUUUUCAAGGCGUUUGGUACAAUGUUAUGGGAAUCAUGCUUUGGACAAAAGGUUUCAUGCCUAAAGGUUGUUUCAUGAACUUCGAGGAUGCUCACUAUGUGGUGAGGUGCGAUACGGAUGCAGCGCUCGAUAGGGCUAAAGCGCUAACUACCCUUGAAUUCAGUUGGUAUUUGGUCAUUGGUGUUGUCAUGGCAAUGGGUUUGUACUUGUACAUGAUUAAAGUUUACCCUGAAAAAGAAUGUUUCGAGUCGUUGGCUAAGUACGAGUUUGGAGAUGAUCAAGAUCACAAUGAUGCUGAGGCUCAAAAGAAGAGCAACAAACGUGGGAUUUUAAACGGAUUUAUUAAGACUGGCAAGGAAUUCAAAGAAUGAUUAUGACAAGAGAUAAGAGAGAAAUGUUGGGUAUAAUAUAUAACCUAAAAAAUGUUGCUUAUGUUUGAUGAAUCUGUUCAAAUUAAGCCUAGCCAAGUAUAUAUUGUAAUGUUGGUAUAAGGAGAACAUAUCUGAAUGUGUGUUUCUUUUUAUUAGUUAUAAAUAUGCAUAUUUGAUAGAUUUUACCUUAAAAUAGUGAAUUAUUAUGGUUUUCUGUUUUA